AAAAGAAGAAGGAAGACACCAACUGCCGCGGGAACAAAUGCCCACAACCCUGUCUUCAUUGGUCCUUGUGAUACUGCUUGGACACAAUGGACACCCGUAAGACGAUGAAUGACGAUACGCGCUCGGACAGGCCACAGCCCGCAUUCGAAGCCAAAGAUGUCGAGAAAAUGAAAAAGUUGUGGAAUUUCAAAAUGUCGCGCACCCGAGCCGACAUCUGGGCUCUUCGUGACAUGGUAUUCCUCGUGUAUGAUGAUACGGAGGAGAAGGAAUACGGGUACGACAGCGAUGAUGACGAAGGCAUGCUCGACGCGGCCCUCAAAAUGUCUGUUGAAGCCGAUGGCAAUGCCGAGGCCGGACCUUCGGCCAAGCCGGCUGCGCCGACGCCGCCUCCCGAAUUCUGCGCCUGUGGACAGUUCCCCGAGUUUCCCAGCAAUAGAAAGACGCGAAAGUUCAAACUCGUUCAGCUGCCUCCCAAAAGACCAGUCUGUCCCCACUACGUCGCCGUCUCGUACUGCUGGCCACCGCUCAAGGAGGAGGCAGCGCCGGUCCCCGAACGCACCUAUCGCGUGCGCGACCUCGACGGCACCACGCGGACCGCCCGCGCCCUGGACGACGUCCUCGACCGCGCCGUCGAUUUUGCCAACACUGCCCUCCUGCGCAUGAUCUGGAUCGACCAGGAGUGCCUGCCGCAGCCGACCGACGAGAGCCCCCAAAAGGACCACGACUACCACCAUACCGGCGUCCAGGCCAUGGACAUCGUGUACGAAAAGGCCACGAUCACAGCAGGUCUGCACGACGGGGUGGUGGUCAGCCAGCAGGAGCUCGACGCCAUCCACGUCUUCCAGCGCCUGGCCGGCGGCGGCGGCGGCGGCACGGCGAGAAGCGCGCAGCCGCACCCCUCCCAGGUCCUCCAAAUGUUCAAGUUCCUGGUCGCCGUGGUGCAGGACCGGUGGUACACGCGCGCGUGGGUGGCCCAGGAGGCGCUCAGCGCCAGUCACGGGCUGUGGCUCGUGUUCCGCAAGGCGCCGGGCGUCACGGGCAACGAGCUGUCUUUGCGCAAGGCCAAUAACCACGGGCAGCCGCCGCACAGCUUGGAAAUGCGGCCGCGGGCCAUGCCGUCCGAGAACGUCUGCAUCAGCCGGGACGAUCUCCGCGGGCUGGUGCGUGUGACGAGGGCGUUUUUCGAGUCGCGCCAGCUCACCUGGCAGCUGCGUUUUCUCCUGAGCAACGCCAUGAAGAUUCUGGACAGAGCCGAAGCCCUUCACCCGAGCUCGUCGGACAUGACCAAGAAUCCUCACGGAGGCGUCCAUGUUUUAGGGUCCGGCGAGUACGGCAAAGGGCAAGUAGUCAGCGCGUCCACGGCGCUUACGAUCCUCAAAAACAGAGACUGCCGCGACACGCAGGACCGCAUCGCCAUAAUGGCCAAUAUGUGCCGCUACGAAGUCCGUAUCCACGCAGGCGACGCGGCGUCUCACUGCGAUUCUCUGCGCGCUGGGGUCCUCUCGCUCGCGCUGCUCAACUCGGACCUGUCCCUUCUCGUGCCGGAGAUGUACAAGUGCUCGACAGACUCUUACGAUUCGCUUUGUCGUAACCCGAGCUGCUGCUGCAACGGGCUAGACAACGGUCUCUUCUCACCCUUUGACACGCAUCCCGGCUUCAUACGUGACCUGGACCAGUACCACGUCUCCCGCGUCAUGCCCACGGUAUACAAACACUCGCUCAGGAACGACCCCACGAAGCCCGGAGUCCAGCUGUCUGCAUACACCUGGACGGUUGACAGGGAAAUCGACCUGAGUCUCAUCAGAUAUCAGUACUUGGAGAAAUGGCAGCAACUUCUCAACCUCACUUUAACUCCUCUCCAAAGGGAUGCGACGGCUAGAGGACCAAGCGAGAGCGAAGUGCAACAAUCCUUGUUGGUGGCCAAGAGGUUUACAGAUCCUACGGAUCCGGAGUUCCAAAGCAAGGUGAAAGAAGAAGUCAUCCGCAACGGUGGCAUCCUGCCACCAGAUUCACCACUCUGGGGUGACUUGAACCCGGAAGGCGUGAAGUUCUCCGUCCAGCUCAGCGCCACCUACGUCGAGGGCACCGCCGAAAAUCGGGCUUGCCUGGCCGAAAUAAUAUUCGGACUCCUUCGCUACCUCAGCGUGCUCGACGAUCCGCAGGCGCAGGGGCUCGCGGACAGCAUCUGGCAGUCGGUGCGCGCCGCCGCCACGUCCUCCUCCUCCGCCGAUCGUCCACUGCCAGACACCGUCUCUGACGGGCUUUUCAGCCACCCAGACGUCCAGGCAGUGCCGUUUGAGACGCUCCAGCUGGACGUGGACAAGAGAUGGGGCAAGAGCGGCGGCUACCACCAGCUGUGGUUCCUCGAGCGCAUCAUGGAGAAGGGGACGCUCUGGGUCGGGUCGUAUCGCCGCGCGCACCCCGAGAACAGCGAGCUGGAUCUGGGAGCCUCGAUACCAGAUUCGCCAGCGGCGGCGUCCGGAGAUGACCCGCAGCUGCAGUCCGGGAACCCGACAAAGAGUCCUGUGAAAGGCUUACAGGGCAAGACGAUACUCGAAAAACAACUGACGACCAAGAUACUGAUGCACAUGCUAAAGCCGUCAAUCCUCAACAGUCUUCUAGAAAAGGAAGAGGCUGGCGGCGACGGCUCCGACUUGUCAGCAAGUGUCGACAUCAGCAGCAUGGUGUCGCUCUGCCAAGCCAUCGUCGGCGAGACGGCCAUCGCGGACAUGGACCCCGCCAGGGACGCCGAGAUGUCCCGCCGCCUCGUCUCCGCAUUCGACGUCGACGGGCCAUGCGUCGUGGCCACGCCGUACGACGCCUCGAUGGAGGUCCUGCCGCGCCCGCCGGUCCGGAGCAUGAGCACGUGCUGGGUCGUCGAGGAGCUUCCUGCUCUCGGGGUAGAGGAUACUCUCGCUGAGGGAGGUAGGCAGGAGGGUCCAGACGGCGGUGGAUCCUCCUCUGGCCAUGCCAGGCACGGGCAGGAUGAGGGAGAGCAAAAAGAAAGACCGACUGCCAGGAUGGAGAUGUUGACUCGCCGCUACAAGGUUGUUCGCAAAGUUAGAGGGGUGCGGCAAAUUAUGGAGCAGCCUGCCCAAGAGCACGUAUUUCUCUAAAUGAUAGGUGCAGUUUGGGUGAUCCUUUUUUUAUUUUUGUAAUACAGCGAUAUUUUGCCAGCUAAGGAGGCAGCCGUGAUCGUGAGGCCCUAAAGCCCCAAGCAAUGCCAACGAUGGUAGGCAAGGGGUAUGAAGAAGCAGGAGCAGGGGCACGCAAAGAAUAAAAAAGGCCCAAUAAAUGAACAUGAAGAAAUCUAGCUCUG